AAGGGCAGUGGUCGGGCUGUAGUGGCGCUGCGGCUGGUGUGGUAACUGCGGCUGAGCGUCGGGCUGAGUGCGGUGAGCAGUUAACACUGGAUGGCGGAAGCUGUGCAGACUCAAGAUCAACCAAUGGAGGAGGAGGUGGAGACCUUUGCCUUCCAGGCAGAGAUUGCUCAGUUGAUGUCUCUGAUGAUCAACACUUUCUAUUCCAAUAAGCAAAUCUUUCUGAGGGAGCUGAUUUCCACCUUAUCAGAUGCUCUGGACAAGAUAAGGUACGAGAGCUUGACAGACCCAAGCAAGCCGGAUUCUGGAAAAGACCUGAAAAUUGACUUGGUUCCAAACAAGCACGAUCGCACUCUGCCCACUGUGGAUACAGGCAUAGGGAUGACCAAAGCUGACCUGGUCAACAACCUUGGUACUAUUGCCAAAUGUGGUACUAAGGCUUUCAUGGAAGCGCUGCAGGCAGGAGCUGAUAUGUCCAUGAUCGGGCGGUUUGGUGUUGCUUUCUACUCGGCCUACUUGGUUGCAGAAAAAGUGCCAGUGAUCAGCAAGCACAAUGAUGAUGAGCAGGACGCUUGGGAGUGGUCAGCUGGAGGAUCUUUCACUGUCAGACUUGCUAAUGGUGAACCUUUGGGCCCUGGAACAAAAGUCAUCCUGCAUCUGAAGGAAGAUCAGACUGAAUACCUGGAAGAGCGGCGAAUCAAGGAGAUUGUGAAGAAGCACUCUCAGUUCAUUGGCUACCCCAUCACACUCUUUAUGGCGGAAGCUGUGCAGACUCAAGAUCAACCAGUGGAGGAGGAGGUGGAGACCUUUGCCUUCCAGGCAGAGAUUGCUCAGUUGAUGUCUCUGAUGAUCAACACUUUCUAUUCCAAUAAGGAAAUCUUUCUGAGGGAGCUGAUUUCCAACUCAUCAGAUGCUCUGGACAAGAUAAGGUACGAGAGCUUGACAGACCCAAGCAAGCCGGAUUCUGGAAAAGACCUGAAAAUUGACUUGGUUCCAAACAAGCGCGAUCGCACUCUGCCCACUGUGGAUACAGGCAUAGGGAUGACCAAAGCUGACCUGGUCAACAACCUUGGUACUAUUGCCAAAUGUGGUACUAAGGCUUUCAUGGAAGCGCUGCAGGCAGGAGCUGAUAUGUCCAUGAUCGGGCGGUUUGGUGUUGCUUUCUACUCGGCCUACUUGGUUGCAGAAAAAGUGCCAGUGAUCAGCAAGCACAAUGAUGAUGAGCAGGACGCUUGGGAGUGGUCAGCUGGAGGAUCUUUCACUGUCAGACUUGCUAAUGGUGAACCUUUGGGCCCUGGAACAAAAGUCAUCCUGCAUCUGAAGGAAGAUCAGACUGAAUACCUGGAAGAGCGGCGAAUCAAGGAGAUUGUGAAGAAGCACUCUCAGUUCAUUGGCUACCCCAUCACACUCUUUUCUUCUCUUUUCUAGACUAAACAGCCCCAGUUCGCGCAGCCUUUCCUGGUAUGAGAGAUGCUCCAGUCCCCUGAUCUUCUUGGUGGCCCUGCGCGGGACUGUCUCCAGAAGUUCUCUGUCCCUCUAGACCUGAGGAGCCCAGAGCUGGACACAGGAUGUCAUUGCUGUGACUACACAGUACCUGGGAGAAGUUUGAGUGACUCUUAUGUC